AUGCUUCGAUUGGCGCUUCUCCAAAUGCGAGUAGACUCCGAUAAGUUCACUAACUUGGCUCAUGCCGGCGAUUUAAUAGCAACCGCCGCAUCACAACACGCUGCCCGUCUUGUAUGCCUUCCAGAAUGCUUCAACUGCCCGUACGGGACGAAAAAUUUUGAUUCCCAUGCGGAACUCGUGCCCGAAGGACCCACAUGUCAAGCUAUGUCCGAAUUAUCCAAGAAACAUAACAUCUGGCUUGUGGCCGGAUCCAUUCCGGAGCGUGGACGAGAUGGUAAACUGUACAAUUGUAGCGCAACUUUCAAUCCAGCGGGCAACCUAGUUGGAACAUACCGGAAGCUUCAUCUGUUUGACCUCGAUGUCGCAGGUCAAUUUGCUUUCAAGGAGUCGAGCAUACUCUCUGGAGGAAAAGAGAUAUUCGACUUUGAAUUACCCUUAGACGGUGCAACCGGCGGGAUGCAAGUACUCCGCGUCGGUGUCGGGAUUUGCUACGACGUCCGAUUUCCCGAAUUGGCCUUAAUAUACGCGCACCAACGUGGAUGCCAGAUUCUGUUGUAUCCCGGUGCUUUCAACACAAAAUUAGGCCCCAUUCACUGGGAGCUUCUGGCCAAAGCACGCGCUCUCGACGCGCAAUGCUAUGUGGGGAUGUGCAGCCCAGCUUGUGAUCCGGAAUCUGGCUACAUCAGUCACGCCGAGUCGUUAAUCACAUCCCCUUGGGGGGUUGUUGUCUCGAAGGCUGGGAAAGAGGAGGAAAUCAUCUGCGCUGAUUUGGAUCUCAAUGAGCUAAAACACGUACGCGAAUCUAUCCCCGUCGGCCGCCCCAUUCACUGGGAGCUUCUGGCCAAAGCACGCGCUCUCGACGCGCAAUGCUAUGUGGGGAUGUGCAGCCCAGCUUGUGAUCCGGAAUCUGGCUACAUCAGUCACGCCGAGUCGUUAAUCACAUCCCCUUGGGGGGUUGUUGUCUCGAAGGCUGGGAAAGAGGAGGAAAUCAUCUGCGCUGAUUUGGAUCUCAAUGAGCUAAAACACGUACGCGAAUCUAUCCCCGUCGGCCGUCAGCGUCGACUUGAUGUGUACACUCCACCGAAACUGCUUGUGCGACACACGCAAAAGUAA